GCUGCGCCUUCCCCUACGCCGCUUACUCCAUGCCGGCCUCCUGGCUGCACAGCCGCCUGCACCAGCUCUUUGUGCCCGCCGCGGCGCUCAACUCCUUCCUCUGCACCAGCCUCUCCUGCUACUCGCGUUUCCCGGAGAUGGAGAGCCCUGGGCUUAGUAAGGCCCUCCGCACAGCCGCGUUCGCCUACCCCUUCCUGUUUGACAACCUCCCACUCUUCUACAGGCUCGGAUUGUGCUGGGGCAGGGCCCGCAGCUGUGGGCAGGAGACACUGAGCACCAGCCACAGCUACCACCUCCUCUGUGCACUGCUCACUGGCUUCCUCUUUGCUUCACGCCUGCCUGAGCGGCUGGCACCUGGACGCUUUGACUACAUAGGCCACAGCCACCAGCUCUUCCACAUCUGUGCAGUACUGGGCACCCACUUCCAGCUGGAGGCCGUGCUUGCUGAUAUGGGAUCUCGCGGAGCCUGGCUGGCCUCACAGGAGCCUCCACUAGGCCUGGAGGGCACAGUAGCCACACUGGGUGUGGCAGUAGCUGGUAACCUGCUCAUCAUUGCUGCCUUCACAGCCACCUUGCUUCAGGCCCCUAGUACCUGCCCCCUGCUGCAGGGUAGCCCGCUGGAUGUGGGAUCCCAAGCUAAACAACAGUAAAGUGCAUCUCUGACCCUAGCCUAGAGGGAUGCAGAGGCCUGGUCCCAGUACUGUAAAGGUAUCCAGAGCUGGGCCUGAGUUGGGGACAUCUCAGAGCCAAGAAUCGAUGAGGAGAGGCAAAGGAGAGAGGGCAGAGAAGAGGGAGGCCGAAGGACUGGUAGAGAUGGAGAGGGACCCAAGGGGCUUCUGAUGGAGUGGAGGAAGUGUUGAGGGUCUGUGAGGGGAGACUAUUUUCAGGCUGGGGCUGUAGGAAGGGAGGUACUGGGGCUUUUUCCUCUUGCCCUGCUUCUGGUGCUCUUGAAGUAUGUUCAGCCCAGAGAGAACUGACACAACUAACCCAGGCCACCCUGAAUGCUUCUUAAUCUGGUGUGUGUGGGGGAGGGGGCAGGAAGGGAGAUGGAGGGACUGGGGGACAGCACACCCUUGCCCCUACCCACCACCCAAUGUGCUCUUUGCUAGAGAUGAGUUUGUCCUAGUCACAACUGUGUGCCAGGUGUUUAGGCCUUUGGAGGGCUGGUCUGUUUGGGAGUAGAUUGAAGUUGGGAGUCCUAAGAUAGGAGGAACCCUGAUUACACUUUAGAAGGCCAUUGCCCAUGUUUGGUGGA